GUCUUUUUAUAAAUCAUUUACAGAAAAAAGUCGCCAAAGAAUCCAAUAAUAAACGAGAGUUUAUGAAUACAUGAGAACAAUAGUGAGAGAAAAGGACAACAAUUUCCUGACGACAUAUCACAAGACAAGACAACAACACAUCGAGACUUAUAUCGCAAUCAAUCCUAUAAUACAAACAACUAUUUGAAGCAUAUCUACCUCUAGUGAGAGAGCGGUUGCCUUUCAUUGAGAAUACAUUGCAAUCAAUUGGGAAUAAUGACAGAGGAGUCGUAUAACAUCCGUUUGGUCACUUUGGGAGGCGUUUCUGUUGGCAAAAGUGCUAUUCUCAAGAGAUUUUUGUUCAACACAUUCAAUGAGAAGCAUAUGGCGACUGUCGAGGACUUAUUCACCAAAGACUUCAAUUUGGGAACAAUGACUCUAAAGGUCGACUUUUUGGACACUGAGGGAGACAUGCAGUUCCCGGCGAUGAGACGGCUGUCGAUCGCCAACGCACAGGCAUUUAUGCUCGUCUAUAGUAUUGACAAAUUGAAUACUUUCGAUAUAAUCAAGACUUGCUUUGAAGAGAUUAAAGAAGUGAGGGCUGACUUUCAGGAUAUACCCAUUAUUUUUGUAGGCAAUAAAAGUGAUCUCUCGGAUGAAUUCAAAGAAGUGCCCAAAGAAGAUGUCGCCGAAUGGGUCAGUACUAGAGCUGCAGCUCUUCUUUUCGUUAUGGAGUGUUCGGCAAAAAACAACACAAACGUUAAGGAGAUAUUCAAAGCGUUUCUACAAUUGGCUCGAAUACCGUUGCCGUCGGACGAGGGUCUAAGGCGCCGGUCGUCAGCUCAGGCCCGAGUGCCCAACGGUAAGCGAUUCGCAGGCAAUACGGGUCUAACGCCUAAUCACGCUCUCGGAGACGAAGAGACCGCACAGAGGCUGAAGCCUCGGAGCAGGAGUUUGAUUAGGAGGUCGUCUAAGAAAGCGAAUAAAAUCAAAGAACCGACGAGUGAUGCCGACGACUGCGCUAUUUCCUGAUUUCUCUCCUCAUUAAAAGCCAUCGCAAACCCAUAUAUACUGUAUAUACUGAACACAUCUGUAUAUAUAUUUCCGUCAUUGUAUUAAUCCGACGAUAUUUUCUUAAUGAGGGAACAAUUCGUAUUUGUAUUGUGUAUAUAAUGUUAAAACGGAUUAAAAGUGAACAUUUAAUCGAAAACAGUAUACAAUUAUAAACUUCAGGGCAAAACAAAAUAAGUAGAUUUCACAUCACAGUGUUUUCUUUGACCAGAAAAACAUUUUGAAGAAUACAAUUAUUUGUAGAG